UGUACAAAAUUUCAGCUGAUAUGCAGUCAGACUAUGAGAGCGACCCCCCACUGGAUGAUGAGAAAUCUCUUGAGAAAGUCUCCACGCUGAAUGGUGCUGUCUCUCAGCUUGCAAGUGAUUUCGAUAGAGAUUCUAAUCUAUGCUUGGAGCGCUUCUCCCGGACGAGGCGUGCAUCCGUCAUUUCGACUGGUUCGCUUAAGCUUGACCUUGCUCUUGGCAUUGGAGGUUUACCAAAGGGUAGAAUGGUUGAAAUAUUCGGGAAAGAGUCAUCUGGGAAGACAACACUUGCACUUCAUGUUAUCAAGGAAGCCCAAAAGAAUGGAGGCUACUGUGCUUAUAUUGAUGCAGAAAAUGCUUUCAACACCUCAUUUGCAGAAGAAAUUGGCGUGGACAUAGACAAACUCCUAAUAGCUCAACCUGAUUCUGCUGAAAAUUCAUUAAGCAUAGUGAACACUCUUGUUGGUGGAUCCAUUGAUGUUGUUGUUGUGGAUAGUGUGGCAGCACUGAUUCCCAAAUGUGAACUUGAAGGUGAAAUAUAUAUGAAAUUUAAAGAUGCACAAUCCCGUUUAAUGACUCGGGCACUUCGAAAAGUUCAAUACACAUUAAGUCGCUCUGAAACACUUAUUAUUUUUGUGAAUCAGGUUAGAACAAAGAGGAGCUCAGAUCCAUCUCCUAGGCUCUACAAGGAGGUAACCUGUGGUGGCAAUGCAUUAGGGUUCUAUUCAGCAAUCAGAAUGAGGACUUCGAGAAGGAAAUUGCACUAUAGCGAAGACGAGGCUACUGGCAUCAGUAUAGCAGUGCAGAUCAUCAAGAACAAAUUGGUACCAGCAGCCCUCACUAGUGCAGAACCGGAAUAUGCAAACUCAGACGAAGAUGAUCUGUACACCCUGUGCAUGACUGGAGAUCUUUCAGAAUAUGCAAACUCAGACGAAGAUGAAGAUGGAGAUGAAGAACCCAGUACGCCCCGAGCUGCCGUGAUCGGCGUCCAGAACACGGCGGCAGCGAGCGAGAGCGACAAGCCGAUGGACCACACGGAGGCGCUGCCGGACGACGCGCUCGCGGCCAUCCUCGGCCGCCUCGCGCGUCAGGACCUGGCGGCGUGCCGCCGCGUGCGCAGGGCGUGGCUUGCCAUCGUGGACGGGCGGCGGCUGCUGCCGCGCAACCACCAUCUGCCGGACUCGGUGGAGGGCAUCUUCGCCAACUAG